AUGUCCUCUGCCCCCAACGGAACCAUGACCAUGAACGAAUACACAUUCCCGACCGAACGCUUGCAAUCACAACUCAGAGACCCGUCGAGGACGCCACUGGUACUCGUGGCUUGCGGUUCCUUCAGCCCCAUCACCUUCCUGCAUCUGAGAAUGUUUGAAAUGGCCGCCGACUACGCCCGCUUCAACACGAAUUUCGAGGUUGUUGGUGCUUAUAUCAGUGCUGUCGGUGAUGCAUACAAGAAGAGUGGCCUCGUCAAGGCCGAGCAUAGAAUCAACAUGUGCAGUCUAGCAGUUGAGCAGAGCAGCUGGAUCAGUGUGGACCCAUGGGAGGCUCUUCACGAAGACUACCUCGAGACAGCAAAGGUCCUCGACCACUUCGAGCACGAAAUCAACACGGUCCGUGGACCAUUCAACACUCCGGAAGGCCCUAAGAAGGCCAAGAUUGCAUUGCUUGCUGGUGCAGACUUGAUCCAAACAAUGUCUGCACCUGGUGUUUGGGCACCCAAGGAUAUUGACUACAUUUUGAGCAACUUUGGCGCUUUCAUCAUCGAGAGAGCCGGCACAGAUAUUGACGAAGCCUUGUCAACGCUGCAACAAUGGAAGGACAAUAUUCAUGUUGUACAGCAGCUGGUGCAAAACGACAUUUCUAGCACAAAGAUCCGCCUGUUCCGCAAACGCGACAUGAGCAUCCGCUACUUGGUGCCCGAGCCCGUGGUAAAAUACAUUGAAGAACAAGGGCUGUACGAUGAGGACGGUGCCAGCAGCACGCACGAGGCGCAGAACUCGAAGAAGGCUGGCGAGAGCGCAGGCGCUUCCUCGCAGAACGUGUAA